GGUUCUUUACAAGGGAACUCUCUGGGAAGUCGGUAAGUUUGGGUGUGGUUUAUAAUUGUGAUGUGGGUGAAACUAAUAUAUUUCAGGUGGAAUUCUGUACUUUGGACUAAACUUAACUGGAGCGAUUUACUUUUUAAUAAUCUCCAGGAAAUGGCGUUCCAUAAUGAUAAGGUGGAAAUCUAAAGAAGAUGUGUUCCUGAGACCUCCGUAUAGAAUGUACGGACGUAGCUUAAAGUUCAAAAUUAGACUUAUCGGAUUUUCUGUGAUCAUACUCGCUAUUAUCGAAGAAUCACUACACUUAGCGUCAACAAUCAAAGUUCAUCACAAAUAUAUCAACUUUUGCAAUGUAACCGGCACUUUUUGGGAGCUAUACUACAACCGAGAACAUACACGAGUGUUCAAAUACGUCAGCUAUAACGUGCUUACUGUGCUGUUGGUUGAGUUCACUCACAAAGUGUAUCUGUUCAUUUGGUCCUUCAUGGAUCUCUUCAUUACGCUCAUCAGCAUCGGACUGCUGACCCGGUUCGAACAGUUUUACCAACGAAUCGAGCACCUCAAAGGAAAAUCAAAGCCGGAAGUAUUUUGGGCAGAAGUGCGCGGCGAUUAUACCAAGAUAUCCAGUUUGGUAACGUACUUGGACGAGAUUCUUUCGCCAAUGAUUUUGAUCACAUGUGCUUCGGACGUGUUCUUCAUCACGUUUCAGCUGUACAUGACGGUCCGUAUGAAAACAACGUCGAUCACCAAAAUCUACUAUCGCUUUUCGCUGAUUUUCCUCAUAUUCAGAGCUCUCCUGAUGCUGCUCAUCUCGUCCCACGUAUACGUGGCAUCACGCAAACCACUGAAGGUCCUCCGAGCUGUUCCCAUGAGCUCGUGGUCUACUAGCGUACAAAGAUUCAUCAACGAAAUUUUAACGAUUGAUAACGCACUCUCUGGGCAUCGAUUCUUUUACCUCAAGAGGAGUGUUAUUCUAACGAUGGCAGGAACGUUGAUAACAUACGAGCUGGUGAUGCUUAGCGAAGAGAAACCACUUGAAAAUUCAAACAUUUGUGGAUAAUUUUAUGUAUGGG